AUAGGUUAGUAUUCACGACUCGUGCCAAACAAAUCGCAAUCGCGCAAACACCAAAUCGAAAAUAUGUCAGCGUCGAUGCCGUCUCUCUUCGACGAAGACCCGCACCAGGGUCGACCUGCCGAAGCAGAGUCUUCGGGCAGUCAGCAGCAAUUUCUGCCCGACCUGAGCGACUCGGAUUCGAACGAGGCGCAAAAAAAAUCUCCAGACGAGCCGGUAAGAAAAUCUCCAGACGAGCCGGUGAGGAAGCAGUCGCCGGAAGAGGCAGAGAAGCUGCCCAUCGAGGUGCCGGAGGCGGCCGUCGGCGGCGGCGCGAGCCUGCCGACGCCGGGGGCGGCCGUGGAGGUGGUCGCCUCGCACUACAAUGCCAUCGAGAACGCAGGACUGGAGGCGAGGAAGGAGACCCGCAUCUUUUUCAUGCGCAACUUCAACAACUGGGUGAAAAGCAUGCAAAUCGGCGAGUACCUGAAGAGGAUCCGCGCCAAGGGCACGACCACGAUCAAGGUGCUCGACCUGGGCUGCGGCAAGGGCGGCGACCUGCUCAAGUGGAUGCGGGGCAACGUCAGUCACGUCACCUGCGCAGACGUCGCGGCCGUCUCGAUGGAGCACUGCGAGACGAGGUUCGCCGACAUGAAGAAAAAGCAAAGAGGCCCGCUCUUCACCGCCGAGUUCAUCACUGCCGACUGCACCAAGGAACUGCUCAGGGAGAAGUACAAGGAUAGGCAGGCCGUUUUCAAUCUUGUCAGCUGCCAGUUCGCGUUCCACUACUGCUUUGAGAGUCUGCAACAGGCCAACUGCAUGAUGCAGAAUGCGGCAGAGAAGCUGGAAAUUGGCGGAUACUUUAUAGGCACAAUACCAAACGCGUAUGAAAUAGUCAAAAGGCACAAGGCUGCAGGCGAAGACAAGUUUGGUAACGAAGUGUAUCAAAUCACAAUGCAAGAAGAGAGCAAGGGUUACCCCCUCUUCGGCGCAAUGUACAACUUCCACUUGCAAGAUGUGGUCUCCUGUCCUGAGUUCUUAGUCCACUUUCCAACUCUAGUAAAGUUGGCUGAGAAGCACGGCCUAAGGUUGAUUGAGAAGACGACAUUCCCUGAAUUUUACGACCGAGUGCAUGGCGAUGGACGUUUUCUUUUGCAAAAAAUCAACGCUCUCGAAACCUACCCACCGGGUAGUGAGCAAACGUUGCUGGGCAAAGAAGAAGAUUAUGACCACGCCCGCGAGCACCUGAGGAGGAAUCCCAGGGCACAGAGCUUAGGAACUCUGUCCAAGUCUGAGUGGGAAGCAACUUCGCUCUACCUUGUGUUUGUCUUUCAAAAAUAUCAUAAGCAGCUGAACUUGGAUGACUAUCCAGAAGCCAAAAAGAAAAUGAAGAGGAAAUGAAUCUCGAGACACUUUUUGUGCCCCAAACCUUGUUGAAAAUGUUUUUUAAACUAGUUGAUACUCUUAAACUGUGUAAAAAUAAAUAUUCAAAUCUCUUUUAAUGAC